AUGAAUGGCCUGCGAUGUUACGAGUCGGCUCGCAGGCUCCGACCUCUGCGAUUUCCCAACAACAAACCACCUGAUCCCAUCCUAGACUUGUUCCAUGAUGUGAACACAGGGGUUGACGAUAGGAAGGCAAGCGAACUCGAUUCUGACCCAGACUCGGAUGAUCAAGCCAUCAACCAAAACGUUGAUUCCGAUAUCUGGGUCAAAUUGGAUGGUCAGGCUAAUAUAUGUGGGAGCUACGCCGACCCGGUGACAACACAAGGUAUCAAUGGCGGUCACAGUGGUGCAACUCUUCCGUUGCAUGAUGUGGAACUCACAGGCGGUGGGCAUAGGCUAGACGAACCCUACGACUGCCCGAUUGAAACCACUACGGGCGCCCGUUGGCCUCUUAACGAAAACAGAAAGUACUCGAAUAGCGGGUCAUGGAGAAGUGAUGAAUCAAUGCUUCUGGGCUGCGAGGAACCUAUGAGUGAAAGACGCAUAAUCAGGCAUCCGGGUGCCAUUGGUGGGCCGAGCUGGCUUACUCAGAAUGUCAUCCGCAUGCAUCCGCUGAGGCAGCAACGCCAUGGGAUUCAGCAAGUGGACCAACAAAACAGCCCAUGGGAAAGGGACAGCUUAUAUGAAAGGACCGGCCUCGGCUGGUGGUCAGACACAAGUGAUGCAAGCGAGUUGCUCCUCGAAGACUGUCGUGACCACUAUACAAAGGCUCAACUUGCCGACUUCUGCUCGUCUCCUCUUUCCUCCAGUGAGGAUUGCCGGGUGCGAGACUGCCUGGACUUACCAUACGACUCCAGCCAGGGAGAUCUUUUCGCUGGCAGGACGAUACCCAUGUCAACAAGCCAAUCCGAGGCACAAUCGAACGGCUCUUUGGCGGAGGUACUUGGAAACGACCAUUUGUUGUGGCAUAUGUGGAAAAGACGUGCAAGCGUGGCGCCUCGGGGGGAGGAAGACAUCACCGAAAUGAAGACAUUGUAUGCCACAGAUCCAGACAUGAAGCUGUUCAGUUCAAGAUGGGACCUCGAUCCAAGCGACAUCAGCUCUGGGAGCAACGAAGACCCCAUGCUGCAAGACCCGAUGGAAAGCCGACCAUCCCCACGAGACAAAGCCCAUUCACCGAUGACACCAACUUCAGAAAGACGGUCGUACUUCACUCCAACGCGGUCUUCAUCAUCCUCGACCUAUGUUGGACGAUCAAGCGCCGACCCCAAGCGACGGUCAAGUCUCAUCAAACGAUUCACUUGGGGAGGGCGGCACAAUACCGCGGAAGCAACUUCACUGGAUGUUGGCAAGCUCGAACAAAGGACAAUGGAAGUCAAGAGAAGGAAGACGAUGGACGAUUAUGACAUGAUGGACAGAGAGGCUAGCAACGAUGACUCCAGCGAUAUGCUAUUUUGA